AUGGAUGGGUUUGACGGGCAAGCCGCACACGCGGCCGACGCAAUCCCUGUUGCAGCAGAGCCGAGCACAGGGGCUGGUGGAGGUAGGACGACUGCCGCGAAGAAGCAAGGCGCAAAGAGAUUCGAGUGCACGCACGCAGGAUGUAACAAACGCUUCACGCGUCUGGAACAUAUGCAGAGACACGCUCUCAACCACUCUGGGGCAGGGGACUUCACCUGCUCUCGGUGUAGUGCUCACUUCAGGCGGCCAGAUCUUUUAGGUGAGCCUUUGGACAACCCCCGGACGAGUACCUGGGCACCCACCUACGCCAUUUCCAUCGCUGACUAUGGAGCAGAGAGACACAUGAAUCGUCACCGUCAGAGGGACGAGGAAGCUGGUGGACCCGGCUUUGGCACUCUCGACACGCGCAAACGCUCCUGGAAAGCUCCGGACGGAUCGGUCGUCUCAAAACGACCCCGGCCUACCGAGCCAGACGGCCAAGACCCGCGGGCCGGCUCUGAGUUUGACGGGGCCAUACAAGUUGUAUCACCACCUGUAUCCGAUGAAGGACGGUACACCCAAAGCACGCACCCCUAUAAUAUUGUCCCAGAGACAGAAGACGACUUCGGUCACUGUAUCGACGUCCUCGAGGGCCCAACUGGUGUCCCAACAACAUCUGUGUCCGCGUAUUUCCCACAAGUUGGUUUGGGCUAUAGCGACGAGCCAAACAUCACAAACACGCGAACAGAUCCGUCACUGAGCAAUGGACAAUUGGAAUACCACCCCGUUUUCCAACCCGAUACGGCCAGUUCUUUCAAUAUGCCAUAUACUACCGCAUUGGAUUACAACUGGCUGUUCAAUUUAGAGGCAGCUACAGCGUCGGGUUUCGGACUCACCAGUGCCAGAGAUAACUUCUCAGAUCCAACACUGUUCAGUGAUCCAGACCCUGGAGAGGCACAAAAGGCUGACAUGGCCCCGUCUCAGCAUAUUCAAAACCCUACACCGGAGUCACUGAGCAGCGCCACUUGGAACAGCUGGCACGAGGACAAGUCUGAUGGAAGCAACAGAGAUCGGGCGAACUCAUCUACAGAGAUGCGGGUUUCUCCGGUCACUAGAGAAAUACGCCCUACACAAGCCCAAUCAAGGACAGCAAGGCAGCCCGCUGCGUUGAAUGGACACAUUCCACGAACAGAUGCAGAGAGCCAGCCAAGGCAGCAACAAGGCAUUGAUAGAAGGGCCCCGAGCAGGAAUGAGAUCGACCCCCGCCUUCAACGACAGAAGCCAAAGAGCAGGGUUGCCCGCGAACGACCGUUGGCGAUGCUGCAAGACCCCAUGUCGACACCGAGGAUCGACCAACAGGUCUUGGACAAACUUCUCGCCGUCAUCGAGGCUGCUGACCCCAAAAUACCGGACUCACCGGCCAGCUCUUCCGUGCGAGACCACCCCCUUCUAUCUCUUGAGUCUGUCCAAACCUGGCUAGACUUAUUCUUCACCCAAUUCAACACCACCUACCCUUUGAUACAUAUGCCUACUUUCAAUGCUAGCACCACUGAGCCCUUACUACUGCUUUCAAUUUUGUUACUCGGAGCCACCUACCUAGACAAGGCUGCUCACCAGCUCGCUGUUUGUAUUCAUGACGUUAUCCGGCCGAGCAUUUUCGCACACGCUGGCUUCUCCGCCCGACCAGAAUUAUGGACGCUACAAGCAAUAUUGCUGGUAGAGUGCUUCGGGAAGUCGAGAGCUGGGCAGAAACAGCACGAUAUGAGCCACCUGUUCCAUGGCCUGUUGAUCAACCUCAUCCGCAGGUCGGACUGCCAGAGCAUCACGAAGACUCCUGGGCCGCAAGAUGGUGUUUCCCUGGCCGAGGCCUGGAAACUCUGGGCAGUUGCGGAACAGAAGAAGAGGCUUGCACUACUGUGCUUCAUGUGGGACACACAACACGCAGUCUUGUUCUGCCAGAGUCUCUGCAUGUCCGCGUUCGAAUUGCGCUGCUCAAUGCCGUGCGCCCAGGCUGUCUGGGAGGCCCCAGAUGCAGAACUGUGGGCGAGAGCCUGGCCGAGCCCCACACGCCAGCCAUCAACGCCGUCUUCGGACCCUGUCGCUCCUUCCAUGUUCCUCCCAGCUCUAAAGUUCUACCUGACUGCACAACCUGGCCCUACAGGUGUGCCAAACCUCGACGCGCUCGGCCAGGUCUUAGUCCUCCACGGUCUCAUGUCCAUCGCAUGGGACAUGCAAAGGCGUGACCAGACCUCCCUAGGGGUCGUGUCCACCACCGGUCCAGCAUCUUGGAAGGACCUUUUGAGCAAGGCCUACGACCGCUGGAAAACAGACUUCGACGCGUACUGCCGCGACGCAGCGCUGGCCUCGACCGAGCCAGGCGACACCUCGUCUUCGGAGUGGUCAGCUUUCUCCGCGGCAUACAGGGCAGUCUACCACGCGGCCCAGGCUCUGCUUCACAUGGACUUCCUGGACGUGCAGAUUUACGCGGGUGCGCGCCACAUCCUGGGGAGGCCUGUGCAGCAGCAGGACUAUGUCCGCUCGUCACGGGUGGUCAAGCGCUGGGCGUCAAACAGCAGGGAGCGUGCCGCGACUGCGGCGUGGCAUGGGGCUGGGAUGCUCCGUGACCUCAUGACAGGCGAGGGCAACUCUGAUUCCGGCGGUUCUAGCAAGACUGUAAUGGAGUCCCCUCACUUGGCGAGUCUAUUUCAUGUCCCAUGGUGUCUUUAUCUGGCGACGUUGAGCUGCUGGGCUUUUCAUCAUGCGAAGUCCACCCGUCGAGGUCGGUUGGAGGAUGAGAGCCACCUUGAUGAUGAUGAUGAUAGUGACGGAAGCGACGAAAUUGUGUGGGAUUCCAAGAAGGAGAUGGAUGACCUGGUCGCAUGGCAGGCCCAAUGA